CUGGCGACAAAGCCAGACCCAUGGCACAACGUACAAAUUGAUGUUUUAUCUUUUGCCCUCAUCAUAAAAAGAAAUGCAGUGCAGCCAUGAUAUGCAAAGGCCUAUUGCGUUAAAAUGGAUGAAUGAACUACAUGAAGAACUGAAGGGACUUUUUGCUUGAUAUGGCUGAGAGUGUUAAAGUAAUCGUAAGAUGUCGACCUAUGAACAGCAGGGAAAUUUCCCUGAAAUGCAAGAGCGUUGUGGUCAUGGAUUCGGAGCGGUGUUCAUGUUCUAUAAUGAACCCUACGGAUAGUUCUGCACCCUCUAAAACAUUCACAUUUGACGGUGUCUAUUCUGUCGGUUCUACGACUGAACAGAUAUAUAAUGAAAGUGCUUAUCCACUUAUUGAGGGAGUGUUGGAGGGGUAUAACAGCACAGUGUUUGCUUACGGGCAAACAGGGUGUGGAAAGAGCUUUUCAAUGCAGGGCAUCAAUGAGCCCCAAAGCCAAAGAGGGAUCAUACCGCGUGCUUUUGAACAUAUAUUUGAAGCGAUAUCCGUGACACAAGAUGUUAAAUACUUAGUACUCGCUUCAUAUCUAGAAAUAUACAAUGAAGAGAUUCGAGACCUUCUCGGCCCUGAUGUCAAGCAAAAACUUGACCUCAAAGAAAGCCAUGAUAAAGGAGUCUAUGUCCAAGAUUUAACUUGGCACGCUGUCGGAUGUGUGGCUGACUGUGAGAACCUCAUGUGCAAAGGCUGGGCUAACAGAUCUGUCGGAGCGACUCUUAUGAACGCAGACUCGUCAAGGAGUCAUUCUAUAUUUAGUAUAUCUGUUGAAAUGAUGGCCACUGAUGGACUUAACGAGGGGUCUAUUAAGCGCGGCAAGUUAAGUCUUGUUGAUUUAGCAGGAAGUGAACGACAAGCCAAAACAGGUGCUCAGGGUGACAGAUUGAAAGAAGCUAGCAAAAUCAAUCUUUCUCUUUCUGCCCUUGGAAAUGUGAUAUCAGCACUUGUGGAUGGCAAAGCAAAACAUAUACCGUAUAGAGAUUCCAAGUUAACAAGAUUGCUUCAAGAUUCUUUAGGAGGGAAUACUAAGACUUUAAUGUUAGCUUGUCUGUCUCCUGCUGACAAUAAUUACGAUGAGACUCUUUCAACAUUGAGAUAUGCAAACCGAGCUAAGAAUAUCAAAAAUCAGCCACACAUUAACGAAGAUCCAAAAGAUGCAAUGCUUCGACAGUACCAGGAGGAGAUUGAAAGGCUGAAAGAGAUGCUUACCAAGCCAAAGAUGACAGCUGUCGUAGAUGAAGUGAUUUUGGAACAAGAACGGGAAAAGAUCAGAAUAGAAUACGAGAAGGAACUUGCUGCUAUGAAGGCACAAUUUACAGAUUUGAAUAUUUCCAGGAACCAAGUUCAGGAUGAACUAGAAAACCUGAAAAUGCAGUAUGACAGUCAAAUACAAGAUAUAAAUAAAAAGUCGGUGUUUAAGCAGACAAAACUGACAGUAAUGGCUGGUGAUACAUGCACAGAAGUAAAUGAAACUUUAAACAAAGAUAAUGAAGAAAAUAGCCAAAAUAAUAAUCAGAGCAUAUCAAAGGCAUCUCAACAGCAAAUAUUGGCAAGAUUGGUGAAACUUCAAAAAAGCCUUGUCGGUGGAGAAAAAGUGGGUGACCAAGGGCUCAAAGAGAGAAGGGCACGGAGGAAAAAGGCCGCUGAGAAACGACUGGCAGCUCUUGCCGAGGUCUUGGCCAAAGAAGAGCACAGUAGCUUGGUUCUUGGAGUGUACGACGAUAUGCACGACCAGCUCACGGCAAGAAGUGAAAACCUCAAAAAACACCGGCAUAAGAUUCGAUCUUUGGAGAGGGAGAUUGCAGAUCUACAGAGUGAAUUUGAAACAGAGAGAACCGAUUACUUAGAGACAAUAAGAAGGCUCGACAGACAGCUAAUGCUGCACAAUCAAAUUUUGGAUAAAGUUAUUCCUAACCUAAAAGGACCUUCAAACUACAGUUCAAUUGAAUCAAUAAAAAAUGAAUCUAAAUGGGACGAUGACCUACAGUGCUGGAUUGUUCCGGAUUUCACAGUUUUAAGAACAAAAUUACCACCUGCAGGUCGAGACGGAACAUCUGGGGAUUUGAUCUUGGUGCCGCCUUCAGAACAGCAUAAGUUGGAUUUGAACGAAGAAGAGGAUUUUGCUGGAAACUACUUCAAGCCUAAAAGGGCGACUGAAUUGUUGAUUAAAGCGCAGCAGGAUGUCGCAAGAGCAAAUGGUUACAUUUAUGGUCAAAAAGGUCUGAACCUCCAGGGAUCUCUAAAUUCUAUCCACAACACCCUGUCUUCUUUCAAGAACAAUCCACAGAGCUUUCUCAACCAUUCCUGGUCUGGUACGCAAAGCCAGAUCAACGGGUGGGUUGAUUCCAACAACCGCAAGCCAGCUCGCCUUGAGGCAUUACCCCUUGUAGACAGAAAGCCUGUUAUUAAACCACAGCUCAAUACUUUAGAUGUAAUUUAAUUUAACAUAAAAUUAUUUUCUCUUCAUUGUGAUAACAUAUUUUUAUAGUUUUAAAAAGGGACCAUAAAUUCUGCGUGAAUUUACAUUUACCUAUGUGCCUUGAACCUUUAUUUGGAUUUGUUCAUAGGGUUAAUGGUUUUCUUUUAAAUGUAUAGGAAGUAAAGUAAUUAUACAUAGUUGUUUAUUCAAUAUAGUAGUUUUGUUGGUUAUAUUAUAGUUUAUUUGUGUCUAUAAAAAUGUUGAGAUUUUUUUAAAAAUGUUAUU